AUGGAAGAAAAGUAUCCUUACAAUAUAGAACAUAUAACAAGAGAUUCAACUUUCUCUAAUGUUAGUUCAAAUACAUUGAUUGACGAAGCUACUACUUCUUUUCAUAAAGAAAAUAAUGGAAAAUUAAUUUCAACAAUAUCUACUAUAUCAUCGGAUACAACUACCGAUUUUCAAUCUCGUCAUGUUAAUUUAGGUAGAUCCGAAAAACUAAUUGAUGAGAAAAAUAAUUUACAAAAUAAUCCGAUAAUAUGUAUAAAUGACACACCGACUUCGAAUAUCGACGAGCCACAAAUAUGUAUAGAUCCAAAAAAGUCGAUUUAUACUCCAGUCCAAAAGCCUCCACUAGCUACCACACAAACUUCUUUUUUUCAUAUCUUUCGUUUCGCAUCACCAUUCGAUUUCUUUCUUAUGGCUUUUGCUAUGUUUUUCAGUCUGUUACGAGGUUUAAUAAUUCCAUUAAUGACCAUCUUAUUGGGUGAUAUAUUUAAUUCAUUCACAGAACAACAACUUGGAACAAUAACUAAUCAAAUAUUCAUUCAAAAAAUUAAUUUUUCUGUGCUGGAAUUCACAAUACUUGGAGUUUGUGCUUUUUUCUUUACUGCUUUGAUGACUACUUUAUGGAGUUGGACUGCUGAACGACAAGGAAAACGUAUGAAAGAUGUUUACUUUAGAUCUUUAUUAAAAAUGCAAAUCGAUUAUUUUGAAGCUCCCGAUAUUACUUCUGGAGGUCUCUUAACUAGUGUUAACAAAGAUACUGAAGAUGUUCAAAAUGUUAUAUCUGAACAUAUGGGGCUUUUUAUACAGUACACUGUGACCUCUCUAAGCUGUCUUAUCCUUGCGUUUACCAAAAGUGCCGUUCUUUCUCUCGUAAUAUUGGCGUCUAUGCCUUUAGUCUUUGUCACGUUAGCCUUUACUUCUGCUAAAGCAAAUCCAUUGAUAUCUAAAGAACGUGAAAUAUUUGUAAAAGCUGGUAAUGUUCUCGAAAAUGGUUUAUCAGCCAUCAAAACCGUCAAGGCAUUUAACGGUGAAUCAAAAGAAGAAAAAAAACAAAUGGAUUACUUACAAGAAGCGAAUAAUGUUUCGGCAAGUCUUGCUUGGAUUUACGCUAUAAGAACAGGAAUGGUUCAAUUUCUUAUACUUUCAUUAUUUGUUCAAGGAUUUUGGUUCGGUUCAAUCUUAGUUUCAGAGAAAAAACUUGCCCCAGGUGAUGUUUUAAGUAUUUUCUACGCUAGUUUGCUCGGUGCUAGUGUACUUAAAGAAAUAUUACCUAAAUUAGCAUCAAUAGCAAAAGCGAAAGAUGCUAUCAGGCAUAUAAACAUUUUAUUAGAAAAAGUGGCUCUCAUGGAUUUGAAAGCAUUGAGAGGUUUUACAUUAACAGAAAUAAAAGGAAAUAUUGAAUUUAAUGAAGUUAGUUUUUCAUAUCCAACUCGUCCUGACGCUUAUGUAAUGAGAAAUAUAAAUUUAUCAAUACCAGCAGGACAAACAACUGUAUUAGUUGGUCAAAGUGGAUCUGGAAAAUCAACUGUGGUUCAAUUAAUUCAAAGAUUAUAUGAACCAAGUGAAGGUAUUAUAACUCUUGAUGAACGUGAACUUAGAAUAUUAAAUAUUUCAUGGCUUAGACAACAAAUUGGUGUAGUAUCUCAAGAGCCAGUACUUUUUGAUGAUACUAUAUUCCAAAACGUAGCUUAUGGUAGACCUGAUUAUUGGAAUGUUUCUAUGGAUGAAGUUAUUGCUGCUUGUAAAACUGCAUGUAUACAUGAAUUUAUUGAAGAACUUCCUGAAGGAUAUCAAACUCGUUUGGGUGAUAAAGCAAGGAAGCUUUCUGGUGGUCAACGUCAGAGAUUAGCUAUCGCUCGUGCUUUAAUUAAAAACCCUGCUAUUCUUAUCCUUGACGAAGCAUCGAGUGCGCUUGACAUGACUUCUGAUUCUAUGGUACAAAAAGCGCUUCAAAACAGUCGUGUAGGUCGAACUACAAUUGUAAUUACUCAUCAACUAUCUCAUAUAUCAGAAACAGAUUUUGUUUACGUAUUACAUGAAGGUGAAGUGGUAGAAAGUGGCAAACCGGCUGAACUUCUUAAAAAUCCUAAAGGACAUUAUUCAAAACUAGCCGAAGAAUCAUUAGCAAAACCUAAUCCUAAAAGACAAACUCCUCAAUUAGAUCUUAUUAAUAUGAAAUUACAACGUUCUGAUACGUUAUUAAUGACUAAUAAAAAUAAGGAUCAAAAUUCUAAUUUUCUUGCCGUUGAUAAUAUUUCAACAGCAUCACUUUUAAAACGAUCAGUAAGCAUGACUUCACAAGUUGGGUGGAGAACUUCACGACAAUCUUUUUACGAUGAAAGUCUUGAUACCAAUGUAAUAGAUGUUCUUAAUGGUACAGCUUUAGCAGCAAUUUCAAAGCGUAAUGAAAAUCGAAUUUCAUAUUUUGGUAUUCUAAGUUAUUAUGAACAAAUUGAAGAUGAAAGUGUAAUUGAAAUUUUGACUACCAAAGAUAAUGAUUCAUCAAAUGAAAAAGAAAAACAACGUAUUAGUUUCAUAAAAAUGAUUAGGGAUACAAUGCAACAUAGAAUUUUAUAUUCCAUUGGUAUAUUCGCUUCUCUUAUUAAUGGAUUUAUUAUGCCAAUAUUUUCAUUUGUUCUUGCUAGUUUGCUCAAUACUUAUGCUAUUCCAGAUAAAUUAUUGCUUCAACAAGAAGCUAAAAUGUUUGCAUUAAUUGUAUUAGGAAUAGCAGUUGUAAAUGGAAUUUCUGCUCAUUAUAAAUAUUAUUUACUUGAAAGAGCUUCGGAACAAUGGGCGACUCAAUUACGUCAUUUAGGAUUUGGAAAAGUAUUGAGACAACCUCAAUCAUGGUUUGAUGAACCAGAUCAUGCAGUUGGAAAAACCGUAACAAUACUUGUUAAUGACACUGAUACAACAAAACAUUUAAUUGGACAUUUUAUAGGAAAUAUGACAUAUGGACUUGUCUCAUUAUUUGGAGGAAUGAUUUGGGCUUUUGCUAUCGGAUGGCAAUUAACUUUAGUAGGAUUUGGUUUGGUUCCUAUAUUACUUUGUGCAUCAGAAUUACAAGCAUACGUUUUACAAAAAUAUGAAAAAAGACAAAAAGCAGCAAAUGAAGAAGCUGCAAAUUUAUUUUAUCAAACAGUUUCUAGUAUUAGAACAGUAUUUGCUCUUGCAGUUGAAAAGGCAAUGGAAGAAAAGUUUCAAGAUGCACUUGAAGUUCCAUUUCAAAUCGGUGUUCGUAAAGCAUUAAUUUGUGGACUUACAUCAGGACUUUUAGAAUCAUUUAAUUAUUUUUCAAAAGCUAUGACAUUUUGGUAUGGUGCACAAUUAGUAUCUCAAGGAAUUUAUGAUUUAAAAACGAUGUUACAAGUUUGGACAUUGGUUAUUUUUUGUACUACUGCUGCUUCACAAAUGUUAGCAGCUAUUCCAUAUUUUGCUAAAAGUAAACAAGCUGGAAAAUCAGUUGCAAGAAUACUUAGUUUAUCUGAAGAAGAUACAAUGUCCGGAAAGAAACUUGAUAAUAUGAAAGGAAAUAUUGAAUUUAGAAAUAUUCAUUUUUCAUAUCCUGGACGACCAAAUGCAAAAAUAUUGGAUGGAUUAAAUUUAGAAUUUCAACCGGGUGAAUCAAUAGCAUUAGUUGGAAGAAGUGGAAAUGGAAAAUCUACUGUAGCCGCAUUACUUCAAAGAUUUUAUGAUCCAAAUGAAGGAACAAUAUUAUUAGAUAAUGAACCAUUGAACACUAUUCAACUUAAUUGGCUUAGAGAACAGAUAGGAAUAGUUAGCCAAGAACCAAUACUUUUUGAUAUGACAGUAAAGGAAAAUAUAACAUAUGGAAAAGAAGAUGCUACAAUUGAAGAGAUUGAAAAUGCUGCUAGACAAGUUAAUAUGCACGAUUUCAUAAAAACAUUGCCAAAUGGAUAUGAGACAAAAUUAGGAAGUAGUGGAACUCAAUUAUCAGGUGGACAAAAACAAAGAAUUUCAAUAGCUAGAGUUCUAAUAAGAAAUCCAAAGAUCUUAAUAUUAGAUGAAGCUACAAGUGCUUUAGAUGCUCAAAAUGAACAAGUUAUACAAGAUACUUUAAGUCGAGUACAAAAAAAUAGAACAACAUUAGUUAUAACGCACCGGUUAAACAAUGUUAAAAAUAUGGAUAAAAUAGCACUUGUUGAGUCUGGUCAAAUCGUUGAAAUUGGAACACAUCGUGAAUUGAUGUCACUAAAGAAAAAAUAUUUUGAAUUAGCUGUUAGUGGUAAUAGUUAA